GGUGCUUUGUUUUGCCACAGGUGGUCACCCCUAUUAUCAGUGGGCCUCAUUUCUUGAUUUUCUGUUUCACAUGUUUUUUGCUGUUUUUCCCGAAAUUUCCGAUUAACUAGGUGAUUAAAUGGAAAACUGUGCUUGGUCUUAAAACAAUUUUUCCUCCGAACUCAUUCUACCGUCAUAGGAGCACUCAAAUUAUUUGUGUUUCUCUAACCUCUAUUCUCCUUGUUACUGAUCCAUUCUGUCACAUUACAUACCGUUAAUUCAAGAAAGAUCAACUCAUCAUGUCAAGUCCAGCAAGGCCGGGCUCUCGAACACCACGCAGGCAGGAACCUGCCGAGGAAGCCCCUCGAACACCACGCACUCCUCGCACGCCUCGUCAGCAACGAAAUGUGGAAGAAGAGCCAAGAACUCCACGCACUCCUCGUACACCAAGACAACCCGCCAGAGCAACUCCUGCCAGAGCAGGUCCUAGCACUGGAACACCCAGAGGAACCCCAGGAAGGUUUGCCACUCCAUCAAAAACCCCUGGUAAAAAUGUCCCUGGUUCUGGCCGACCAGGAUCACGCAGUUCCCGCUCGGAUAGCUCUGCGUUCACCCCACAAAGGGCUCAAAGGCAGCCUAAUGGAGGUGGAAUGGUAAUUGAUGCCUCAGAUAGUAAUCCGCCGUCCUCAUCUCCUGCUGUUCGCGACAGAGCCUCCAGCCCUCUCGGCUAUGUUGGUGGGAUGAGCGAAAUUGAUCUGAGCUCACCUCUCAAUUAUGGAACACCCAGCUCAAUGGGAUCUAUCAGGACACCAAGAUCUGGAGUUCGAGGCACACCUAUUCGACUUAGACCCGAUAUCAGAACAGAUAAGAGAAUGAGGCAGAUCAACAUUCAACCUCCAGGAUCGGGUGAACCACGAGAGGCGUCGAGUCAGCCAAGUUCAGAGCCAGAUGCCGCGCAAGAGCCUGGUUUGGUGAUUUGGGGCACAGAUGUAAGCGUGAGCCGUUGCAAGGAGCGCUUCAAGCUCUUCGUUGAAACGUUCAUCGAGCCCAACACGGAUCAAGAUGAGCGAUUGGAAAACAUGGAUGAUUCGCAACCACUCUACAUUCAGAAAUUAGAAGAGGUCAAUUUCCUAGAAGACCCAUUUUUGAAUUUGAACUGUGCGCAUUUGGAGUCCUUUGAUGCAACACUUGCUCGUCAACUAAUCUGCUACCCACAAGAAGUAAUCCCAAUUCUAGAUAUGGCCAUCAAUGAAAUGUUCUUUGAGAAACAUCCGGCAGCUGUUCUCAGCCAUCAAAUCCAAAUCAGGCCGUUCAACACCCACAUGACCAAGAACAUGAGGUCUCUCAAUCCUGAAGACGUAGACCAGCUAAUCACACUGACCGGAAUGGUUAUUCGAACCAGCAACACAAUCCCCGAAAUGCGAGAGGCGUUUUUCAAGUGCAUGGCAUGUGAUUUCACGACCAGUGUUGAAAUCGACCGUGGUCGAAUCGCUGAGCCGACUCUUUGUACCAACUGUAACACGAACCAUUGCUUUGGUCUCAUCCACAACCGAUCCCAAUUUACCGAUAAACAAAUGGUCAAACUUCAAGAAUCACCUGAUGACAUGCCUGCCGGACAGACUCCACACACAAUUGUUCUUUAUGCCCAUAACGAUCUGGUGGAUGCUGUUCUACCCGGAGACAGAGUUUACGUCACUGGUAUUUACCGCGCUAUUCCUAUCAAAGUGAACCCACGCAUGAGUAGUGUGCGUGCUAUCUACAAGACAUACAUCGAUGUAGUCCACUUCAGGAAAAUAGACAACAAGCGACUCUAUGAACAAGAAGGGACAAGUUUACGCCUAACGCCAGAAAGAAUUGAGUUGCUGAAGUCACUUUCGGAAAAGGCUGAUGUCUACGAUAGAUUAUCUCGAGCAAUUGCACCAUCCAUCUUUGGCAACGAAGAUAUCAAAAAAGGAAUCCUCCUUCAGCUUUUUGGUGGAACCAAGAAAAACUUCUCAUCUGAAGGACGAGGCCAUUUCAGAGCUGAAAUCAAUAUUUUACUUUGUGGAGACCCUGGAACGAGUAAAUCGCAAUUACUGUCUUACGUCUAUAACUUGGUGCCUCGGAGUCAAUACACAAGUGGCAAAGGAUCCUCAGCUGUUGGUCUGACAGCUUACGUCACCAGGGACCCCGAAAGCAGGCAACUUGUCCUUCAAACAGGAGCUUUGGUCCUGGCUGAUAACGGAAUCUGUUGCAUUGAUGAGUUCGACAAAAUGGACGACUCAACUCGCAGUGUUCUCCACGAGGUGAUGGAACAGCAAACGUUGAGUAUAGCAAAGGCUGGCAUUAUCUGUCAGUUGAACGCUCGAACUUCGGUACUGGCAGCUGCCAACCCGUGUGAAUCGCAAUGGAACACCAACAAAACCAUCAUCGAAAACAUUCAGCUUCCACACACACUCUUGUCCAGGUUCGAUCUCAUCUUUCUACUCCUGGACCCGCAGAGUGAUGUGUUCGACCGAAAGCUGGCACGCCAUUUGGUGUCAUUGUACUACCGCUCUCAAGAAGAGGAAGAAGAUGAAAUGCUGGAUCGGACAAUUUUGCGCGAUUACCUAGCAUACGCAAAGGAAAAUAUUCGUCCACAGUUGACAGAAGAAGCAUCACAAUCACUGGUCCAAACGUAUGUUGAUAUGCGCGCAGUCGGCAGUGGCAAAGGCCAGGUAUCGGCCUACCCAAGACAACUCGAGUCACUCAUUCGUUUAUCUGAAGCUCACGCCAAGAUGAGGUUUUCUCAAAAAGUGGAGGUGGAAGAUGUGCAAGAGGCAUACCGACUCCAUCGUGAAGCGCUGAAACAAUCGGCUGUCGAUCCAGCAACAGGGAAGAUUGAUAUCGGCAUCAUUACGACAGGAUACAGUAUGUCUGCCCGCGAACGGCGUACGGAGACAACGCAGCUGCUUAAGAAACUGUUGUCAGGAAAGCCGAAAAGCGCAACGCUCAAUUCCCAGAAGCUCUUCAAGGAGCUAAAGGACAGUGCUAGCUUCCGCAUCACACCGGACAUGUUCGAGGAAAGUUUGAAGGAUUGCCAGGAUGAUAAUCUUCUAGUGAUUGUAAACAAAAGUACCAUUCGUCUCUCAUAGAAAAAGCAGAACAGUUAAAAAUGAUGAGAAGCUAAGAGUCAAAUUAAUUCUAAAAAUUUUUGCUUGACUUCCCUGAAAACAGGUUUGAGUUUCAAAGUUUUACAGUCAAUGUAUUUGUGCUCCAAAUUACUAUUUUUAGAGCUGCAUUACAUUCCAUUUUAAUUCAAGAUGUGUAUCAUCUUUGUUUUUAAUUAGAUUUACAGUUUUACGAUUUUCGCAGAGGGUUCUAAACGAGAGGUGCAUAUCAACUAUCACCAACUAAUGGUGAAAGACAGGAACAUAAAAACUCGUGAAUCAAUUUAGUCAAACUGGCUAUCAAUGCUUUCCAUAGGGCAUAGUAUUAAUCAUCUUUUGAAAAGUCCUAUGCCUGUGGAACUAAAAAAUAAAAAAAUGUAUUUUAGAAUUUUAGUAACAUUAUCUGAUUAUGUAUAAUUAGCACCAUAAUUUUAGUUAUUAUAUUAGGUACCCAGGAUUUUAAUUGGCCAGCAAUUUCAUCUAGGUUUACAUAAGUUCACCAUCUUAAUUUUAAAUGCCCUGUAAGUUUUGCAACUUGGAAAGUCCCGGAUGCUGUCAAUCCACCAAAGGAAACCUUCCUUUGUCUGCUGAACCGUCAGCUCAAAAAUUGUUUCUUACUAUCAAACUUAAAUAAAUUCAGUCAACUUUCCCAAAAGACUGAUUUAGUGGCUACAUCAAUUUUGCAAUAUUCGACGUAUCAACCACAGUAAUAGAACAUAACUUGAGGUUAUGAGGUUACGUGUCUAUUGAAGAGUCACAGGGAUUUGCGAUUAAAGAGUAUUUACAUAGUUCAUUGGAAUCAUCAAACAGGGACGCACAUGGAAUAACAUAGCCACUAAAUCAGUCUAUUCAAAAUUUGCUGUUUUCUCCAGGCAAAUCAAAAUCGUAUUUUUAUCAUUCAUCCAUUGUUGCUGUACAUAAUUAUUUAUUUUUCACCGAUUUCAACCCGAGAAUAACUGUAUUUGUAUUUUAUCUCUCUGUUUUUUAACUUGGCAUGUUCAAUCAUAAAGUUGAGUAUCCCAUC